AUGGAUUUAAUGGAAUUGUUUUUCACUUCCCUCGGUGCUGCAGUUGUUGUCUACUAUGGAGUGAAACUGCUGCUUUUCAGUAAGAUGCUUUAUCCAAAGAAGUGGUUUCCACUGCCAAAAUGUUUCUUCACAUUCAUGGGAGAGUGGGCAGUGGUGACUGGUGCUUCAGAGGGCAUAGGAAGAGCAUAUGCAUUUGCACUGGCAGAGCAAGGCAUGAACGUGGUUAUCAUGAGUCGAACCAAAGUGACAUUGGAUCAGGUAGCAAAGGACAUACGUGAUGCUACAGGGCAGAAGGUGAAAGUGGUAGUAACAGACUUCACAAAGGAAAAUGUCUUCAGCGAAGUUGAGGAUCAGCUGAAGGACCUGAACAUUGGAGUUUUAGUCAACAAUGUAGGCAUGCUGCCCAGCUUCAUCCCCUGCAAAUUCCUUGAGAGUGCAGAGUUGGACCAGACAAUUACAAGGAUGAUAAACUGCAAUGUGAAAACUAUAGUCAGGAUGUGCAAAAUAAUCCUUCCAGGCAUGGUGAACAGGGGGAAAGGAGUGAUUGUAAAUAUUUCGUCUGGAAUUGCUUCUUUUCCUUGCCCCCUGUACUCUCUGUACUCUGCAUCUAAGGUGUUUGUGGAGAGAUUUUCUCAAGGUCUUCAAGCAGAGUACAAAGAUAAAGGAAUUAUUGUACAGGCAGUGGCUCCAUUUGGGGUCUCCACUCGAAUGGCAGGUUUCCAGCCAACCAACAUGUUGACCCUGUCACCGGAGGACUUCGUGAAGAGCUCCCUGCAGUAUCUCAGAGCUGGAGACAAAAUACACGGCAGCAUCUGUCACACAGUCCUGGGCUGGUUACUACAGUGCAUUCCUCUCAAGAUUCUCUGUGCAGACUCUAUGCAAAAUGGCCUACAUGACUAUGUCAAGAACAAGCUGCAGAGCAAAUAUACACCUCCGCAUGAAGUGCAGGUUUUGAAAGUGCAACACAUCAACAACCUGGAGUAG